AUGCGGACGCUUGACUCUGAGAGUGACAGGCUGCAGACAAGAGGGGGCCACUUUGACUUUUGGACCCUCGGUGGUGAUGCGAUAAGUAUUCAAAUAUUGGCACCACUUUUCUGCAAUGUUUGCGGUCCCGUGAAUGCUGUAGUAGUCUUUGCUGCAAGUGUUUUUCCCAGCCGGAGGGAACUGUUCUGAAAGUUGACCUUGGGCGAGCCCCAAGUCUAUUAUCAACGUUUGUUUUUUUUUCCCCGAGACUGGGUGCAGUUCUUUAGCUAAAGUGCGCGCUGAAAAGUUUCUGCAGCUUUGUUUCGUUUUUGCCUAAGUUGCGGAAUGGCGGACGGAGAGGAGCUGCUAAAUGCGGCGGAGUUUAUAAAAGAUCGGCUGUAUUUUGCUAUUCUUCGACAUAAACCCAAAAACUCAGCAAAUACGCACUAUUUUAGCGUUGAUGAUGAGCUUGUGUAUGAAAAUUUCUAUGCAGAUUUCGGACCUCUGAACAUGGCCAUGUUAUACAGAUACUGCUGCAAAUUAAACAAAAAAAUAAAGUCGUUUACCAUGGGAAGGAAGAAAAUAGUUCAUUACACAGGUUGUGAUCAGAAGAAACAAGCAAAUGCAGCAGUCCUAAUUGGGUCCUUUUCGGUAAUUUACUUAAAAAAAUCUCCAGAGGAAACCUACAGACUGUUGAUAGGGGGAAAUAACACAUACCAACCUUAUAGGGAUGCUUCAUUUGGCACAUGUACAUAUAACUUAACAGUUCUGGACUGUUUACAUGCAGUUAGUAAGGCUCUGCAGUAUAACUUCUUCAAUUUUAAUACAUUUGAUGUGGAUGAAUACGAACAUUAUGAGAGGGCAGAGAAUGGAGAUUUUAACUGGAUAAUCCCCAGCAAGUUUUUAGCCUUUAGCGGUCCACAUCCAAAGAGCAAAAUAGAAAAUGGUUAUCCUCUGCAUGCACCCGAGGCCUAUUUUCAGUACUUCCGAAAGCACAACAUCACCACUAUUAUCCGUUUAAACAAGAAAAUGUAUGAUGCCAAGCGAUUCACAGAUGCUCGUUUUGAGCAUUAUGAUCUCUUCUUUGUGGAUGGAAGUACACCUAGUGAUACAAUAGUCAAGAAGUUCUUGAAUAUCUGCGAAAAUGCAGAGGGGGUCGUUGCCGUGCACUGUAAAGCUGGCUUAGGCCGAACUGGUACUCUUAUAGCAUGUUAUAUCAUGAAACACUACAAACUAACGGCUGCAGAAGCCAUUGCUUGGAUUAGAAUUUGUAGACCAGGAUCGGUUAUAGGACCUCAACAGCACUUUUUAGAAGAGAAACAAGCCAGUCUAUGGGCCGAAGGUGACCUUUACCAUGCAAAAUUAAAAGAUCAGCAAAAUGGAAAGGACAAGGUCGGCGUUACCCGGAUCCUUUCUGGGGUUGAUGAUAUUUCUAUUAAUGAUAAUCAAAACAUGACAAUUGAUCAACAAGAAUGUCACAUGUACAAUGAUAAUGAUGAUCACUGCACUAAUAAAAAUGAACUUACCCAAGGGGAUAAACUUCGGGUAUUGAAGAGUAGAAGACCAGCUAGAUCUGUAACCGUUGGAUCCAUAAAAUUGGAAGAAAACAAAAUGCACACAAGGUCAUCAUCGCAGGCACUCAGGAUAAUACUGCAGUCUAGCACACAGAGUUGUAAGCCUUCUAAUCCCUGUGCUGCUCCUGGCGUAAGCCCUACGGGCAAACGGACAACCAGAUCCAUGGCUGCAAACAAUAAUCUGAGUCACUCCACUAUUAGCACUAAAGUACCAUUGCUCCGUUAACAUUCACACUUUGAAGUGAUACCUCGAACAUUUGUGGAGGAAAUUGGAGAAUGAGAUUUUUCUCAUAUACUGAACUCAGAAUUUAUUCCAGAGCAGUACCCCUUCACAUCACCAGAAGAAUUCUUCAAAAUGAUAGUAUUGACCUUGAACUCUACUUUGAGAACUUCCUGUCCACAACAUAACAAGUAAUGGUGAUAAUGGAUCUCUGCAACUUGAUGUACUAAAGGAACUGUAAAGAACAUUAAGAAACAUUUGAAUGUGAGUGUUUACUCUCCUGUUGCACAAUGUAUUGUACCAGACUGUGAAGCAGAAGUCAAGCCUUUAAACACCAUCUUAUAGCCAAAGUAGAAAGUAUAACAAAAUAGUUUGUGGUAUGAGUGAAAACUACAUGCCAUUUUAUCAUUUUCCAGGUAAGUGAUCAUGAAGGAACUAGAUAUUGAAGGAAGUUUGAAAUUUGUUUAUAUUGAAUCAAACUUUUGACUUUGAAAGUUGCUAUUUUGAACAGUUUGUGAAUUAUGAAUAUUCUGAUAUCAGAUGGUGCCUCCUGCAACUCUAAAUCUCAUUGGUUGAAGUAGUUUAUGCUAUUUGUGUUAAAUGCUUUAAAAAGCCAUCUUCUAUGCAUUUGAAAAUAAAACCUGCAAUGUUAUUGAUAAGAGAAUGCAAAAAUGCCCCAAGCAAGAAAUGUCCUUCUAUACAGGGCACUAUCCAUAGCAAACAAAAUCUUAAAACUUAUAUCGGAGAGUUGUAAACUUCUUUAAAGUCACAACUUUUCAUUUAAUGAGCAGAUUACUUCAUGUAAAAUAAACAUACCAUUAAUUCAUUUUAAAAUAUUAAGGAAACUUAAAAGCCAAGUGACCUUGUAUUUAGACAAAUAUUCUACCUGUUGUGGUAGAGUUGAUUUGGAACAGUGAGUGCUGUUGUCUAUUGGAAAGAAAUUAAAAAUCUGACCCAAAUUGGGUUAGAAGGAUAAUAUUUUUAUAAUGCAUGAAUGAGUUGUAUUUUCAGUUUUUGCAGUGAAUGUCUUAGAGAAUGGAUUUUUAGCUAUACAGUUAGUGCUGUGGAUUGGAUGUGUGCACUUGUCUGGUACAGUACUGUAAGAUGAAACUUUUGUAACUUGCUACAGAAUUUUGUAUAUUCAUGUUAAAGCAUACAGUACUGCACAAUUAGUUUUUUUAAAAUUCUGGUUGGAUAAUUUGCAUUUGCUUCUGUUACAGUCUUGACUGGAAUCUGAUCCAGUAUAACUGAUGUACUUUUUAUUAAUUUGUGUGAAGGGUAUUUUUAACUAUGGAAUUGUAUCUUUUCUCUGGUUUAACCUGUUACUGUUUCAUUCAUUGCAAUGCAAAGCUGGAGUUGAGAUAUAUAGUUGAUAUAUAUAAAAACUUAUUUUGUACAGAAAUGUAUGUAUGCAGUAUAUAAACCUUUUAUGACAGGAAAUAAACAUAGCAUUUUAUGUAUUUGCAUUCACUUAA